AUGUCUACACUGUCAUACAAAAAGCAAGAUGCUUAUGCCACGACAUCCAAUGUCCCAGAUAAGAUGGCGGUGUUUCAAGAAUGUCUUCAACAGUUUAAUGCUACUCCGGUCAAUGCAAAGAAGUGUAGACAAUUGUUGGCAAGAUUACUUAGAUUGAUCUACAAUGGGGAGGAAUUACCUGCUCAAGAAUCAACUACUUUGUUUUUCUCCAUUUCCAAGUUGUUUCAACACAAGGAUCAAUCGUUGAGACAAUUGGUUUACUUGACUAUAAAGGAAUUGUCGUCUACAUCAGAUGAUAUCUUGAUGGUCACUUCUUCAAUUAUGAAGGAUAUUCAAGGUGGUGAUGCGAUUUAUAAACCGAAUGCAAUUCGUACCUUAUCUAAGGUGUUGGAUCCAACUACAGUUACUGCGGCAGAAAGAUUGUACAAAAAUGCCAUUGUUGACAAGAACCCGAUUAUUUCUUCAGCUGCAUUAAUUUCAUCGUACAAUUUGUUACCUCAUGCAAAAGAGGUGGUUAAAAGAUUUGGAAAUGAGGCGAUGGAAACGAUCCAAUCGUAUAAAUCAUUCCCUCCUAAUCAAUUUCAAUUACACGAAUACUAUGGAAAUGCUACUUCCAACUUACCAUCAACUUCUUUCAUGUACCAAUAUCAUGCCUUGGGAUUAAUGUAUCAAUUGAGAAACCACGACAAAAUAGCAUUAAUGAAGUUGGUUACGACUUUGUCUGAAGGAUCUUCAUUGAAAAAUUCAUUAUCUGUAAUUCAGUUAAUCAGAUACAUUAACAAGAUUCUAGAUGAUGAUGAGGCAUUGUUCCCUCAAUUGUACCCCGUUUUGGCUGGCUUCUUGAAACACAAGUCCGAUAUGGUGGAGUUAGAAGCUAGUAAAGCUUUGAUAAAUUUGCAGCACUUGUUGAAAGAUGACCAAUAUAUGCAGAUUGUUACCACCUUACAGAAAUUGUUGGGUGUUCCAAGGACGGCGACCAGAUUCGCUGCAAUCAGAUUGAUCAACAAGAUUUCAAUCAAGCAUCCGGAAAAGGUAUUGGUUAUCAACUUGGAAUUAGAGAGUUUGAUUAAUGACGCAAAUAGAUCUGUGUCUACUUUGGCAAUUACAACAUUGUUGAAAACAAUGGGUGCUGGUACAACUGAAAGUUCAACUGGAGGAGAAAGUGUCGAUAGAUUGAUAACUAAGAUGACAUCGCUUAUGGAUGAAAUUACAGAGGAUUUCAAGAUUGUUAUAAUUGAAGCUAUUGAAAACUUGGCAUUGAAAUUUCCAUCAAAACAUAAAAAGUUGGUUUCAUUUUUGACUGAUUUGUUGAGGGAUGAUGGAUCACUUGAGUUGAAGACCGCUAUUGUAGAUGCCUUGUUUGACUUGAUCAAGUUUUUACCUAAUGAAGGUGCCAAGCAAUUAAUCUUGAUGAACUUGUGUGAGUUUAUUGAAGAUUGUGAAUUUACUGAAUUGUCGGUUCGUAUCUUGCACUUGUUAGGUGAUGAAGGUCCAUCUACUUCAAAUCCUUCGUAUUACAUUAGACACAUUUACAACCGAUUGGUGCUUGAGAACUCCAUAAUCAGAGCCUCGGCAGUUAUAGCAUUAGCCAAAUUUGCAGCAGUUUGUGGUGGUGACGUAUCUAAAAACAUUGUCAUUUUGUUAACCAGAUGUUUAAAUGAUGUCGAUGAUGAGGUUAGAGAUAGAGCUGCAAUUUCAUUAAACUUUAUCAAUCACAAGAAAAAGAAUUUAAUUAUUAGUGAUUCAAGAUAUGACUUGUCAGCUUUGGAACACAAACUUGUCAAUUAUUUGAGUGACAAGGAGAAUUUCAAUGAAAAGUUUGAUAUAUCCGAGGUACCAUUUAUCACUGCCGAAGAAUUGAAAUCGAUUGAGUACAAUAGAAAAUUAAACAAGUUGGAGCGUUCUUCUGAUGAUAGUACUGAAGCCAAUGAAGGUACCAAGAAGAAAGACAAGUCAGAAGAGAGGUCCGAUAAUAACGCUAAUGACCUUUUGAAACAACAAGAAUAUGCACAAGACCUUUCAGCUAUUUCUGGAUUCGAACUGUAUGGUAAAUUAUCAAAAUCAUCAUUAACACCAUUGUAUCUUACUGAUAAAGAAAAUGAAAUUGUUGUCAGUGUUGUUAAGCAUUUAUUUGUUGAGUCUCAGAAGUUAGUUUUACAAUACAACAUUAACAAUACCUUACCACAUACUGUAUUACAAGACAUUUCCGUUAUUGCUCAACCAGACAAUGAACUUUAUCAAGAAGAAUUGAUUGUUACAUUACCCGAAUUGAAGCCAAAUGAAACUGGUGUUGUGUACGUUUCCUUUAGUACACCUUCAGUGGAUGACGAAGAGCUUUUGUCAGCAUUUGGAAACACAGUGGCAUACACAAACCGAGAUGUGGACGAAGAUGGUCAAAUAGAUCCAACAGACGAUGGUUGGUCUGAUGAGUACCAGAUUGAUGAUUUAGUUUUAUUUGCUGGUGAUUUCAUAAACCCACUUUACAAUUCAAACUUUUCCGCUGUGUUUGAUCAAUUACCAGCAUCUGAAGAGGGAAACUCCACUGGUUAUAUUGUCAAUGUUGACAGUUUGGAGAAUGCUGUGAAUAAAUUGAGAUCUAGUUUGAAUAUGACACCAUUGGAUGGUUCUGAUUACGUCCCAAGUGAUUCUAACUCGCAUACUUUGAAAUUAUUGGGUAAAGAUGUUUGGGGUGGAAAAGUUGGUGUUUCAAUCAGAUUGGCAAAGACUGGUGGUAAGAUUGUUGGCCGUAGUGAAGUGAGAACUGAAACUGACAAUUUUGCAAAUGUCGUAACCAGUAGUAUAUACGACUCUUUGUAA